CAAUAGUGGAUACGAGCUAACGUUAACUGGCGAGCGGUAUCGCGCAGAUAAUUGCCGGAGACGCGCUGGCAGAUUGUCUCAUAUAUUUCUGAGUACCAACUCAAUAUACUGCGCUCGACAUUUAAUUAAUGCGUUGCAAAUCUUGAUUCGUUCGGGUAUCAAGUCGAUUCUUGUUCUCUCGUGUUAGCUAACCGCUAACCCAACUCAAGCUAACGUCAACUGGGGACGAGACAGCUAUGGGUGGUCUGGUAAACGGUCGUCGUGGAGGAAGGUCCCCCCCUCUAAUGAUUGGCGCUCUUAUUGCCUGUAUCCUGGUCCUGGGCUUCAACUACUGGGUGUCGAGCUCCCGCAACCUGGAGCUACAAACUAAGCUGUAUGAGUUGGAAGGCCAAGUGCGACGUGGAGCAGCAGAGCGAGGAGCAACAGAGUUGAAGAAGAAUGAAUUCCAAGAAGAGAUCCUGAGACAGAAGGAACAGAUCAGCCACAUAGAAAGCCUCUAUAAGAGACAGCUAGAAGGAUCUCAGAACACCUGCAGCCAAGAGAAGGGCACACUGCAGCAGAACGUCUCCUCCACCACCAAAAAGAUCCAGGAACUCAAAGGUCAGUUUAAUCAGGUAAAUGAUGACCUGGGAAAGCUUCAAAAGGAGCUACAGAGUUGCCAUGGCAACAUCAAAACCCUCACCAACAAACUCACCUACGACAUGACCCAUUGUCAGUCCCAGGUCCUGGCUCAGAAGGAGUUGUGUGAUGAGAGACUGGCUGCUGCUAAACUUGAAGUUCAGAAGAAAAUGGAUAAGCUCACUUUAGCCUCGGUUCUCUCCCCACAGGAAACAACUAAAGAGGGCAAAACAGUAAUGACUGAGGUUGAUGCGGCUAAAACAGUAACUGUUGUGAGCCAAAUGCCCAGCCUCUCUCAGCCCAAAGGAAGUGAUCCACCUGAACUACUGACCAAUGAGAUCAUCGUAAACAAAGGCCCCGAUGCCCAGGUAGACCUGCCUCUGCAGGACCUCUCCAAGGUAGAGUCCCAGUCUGCUCCCUCAGCUGCUGCAGUCCAGCAGGACUUUUUGCUAGCACCAGAGCAAGCUGUCAAAACAGAGGAGGAGGAGACCGAGACAGAGACCGAGACAGAGACCGAGACCAGGGAGCCGUUGAAGAAUAACCUGACCGAGGAUAGAGAGCUGCAAGUGAUGGAUGCUCACGAGGAGGGCGCUCGGACAGAAGAGGCAGACCCGGGGCUGGACGGCCUGCUGAUUGGCCGGGAGAGGGCAGCUGAGAGUCCAAUUGGUCAGAAACUAUUGGAGCCGGAAGAAUAUGAUGCCGACGAGGAAGUUGAUUUGAGUGACGUUGAUUUGGAGAAACAACAACAACAGCAGCGUAAACACACUGAAACUAUAGACAAGGACAUGGAGGAGGAGCUGGCUGACUAUAACGGAGACGAUGACAACGAAGGCGAGUUUGAAGCCGACAAACAAGCUGAGCUGGCUCAAAUCUAAGGGCCUGCUGAGGUGGACAAGGAGCCUGCUUACCACAUGAGGAAGCACAACUUCAGGUCAAUGCAGCCCUCCAAACACCGUGAACCCAGAUGUUAAGACUUGUUACAUUUGAUUCCAGAAGUUUACCUCCUGGAAAUACAUUUAUAAUCUUUAUUGAUUUCCGUGCAUUGGAUUUGAUUGAAUGUUCUCUGUAUUAGAGCAAGAAUAGUUACUGCUCCGUGUUCAUCUCACAAUUGUCUGAAAGGGCCACCAAAAAAAAAGACUGAAAUAUGCAAAUGUGAGCCAACCGUGAACAUUCACGUUGUUCAUUGAAAUACAUUUCACUGUGUACAUUAACCCCCACAGUGCUUUUGUGGUGGUGACUGUGCUCACACUCAUUUAGUAUGUUUAGGUUUUAUAAUUAAAAAUCUAAUAUUAUUAGCUGUUAAAUUACCAUCACAUACUUCAAGCAUCUCAAGACUUGACACCAGUUGGCUCACAAAAAUGAACAUGUCAACAUGCUAACAAUCAGUUGGUUUUGAUCAUGUGACUAGAUGUGUUGUUUUUCGAAGACUAUCUUGAAUUAUGAAAUAUAAGUGAGGCUUUUUGGUUUGUAUUGCUGUAAUAAGGGCUCCCAAUGAAAGAACUGCAUUACAGGCUCAACGGUAUCUAAGCAACGCCUUCAGUUCCUCCUGCACACAGUCGCUCAUAGAAAGGACACUGACUUUCACCCGGCGUCCAUGUUUGUAAGGGCUUCAGCAACAGGCGUUGUGCGGAAACUAUUUUGUAAGCUGUCCAACCGUGUCAUCUAAACCGUAACAGCCACACUAAACCCCGUCAAACAGAAUGAAAUGAAAACAGAAGCUUCUUUUGAAUUCUAUCUAGCCAUAAAUGCUGUGAAAACUAAAGUUGAGCUUCAUAGACAUGCCAUCAAACAAGAGUAGUUUCCUUUCCGAAUUAUAUGAUAUAUAUAUAUAUAUAUAUAUAAUGUCGAUCCAUGAGAAAUUUUUCUGAAGCGUCACUUUGUUGGAUUUAGUGGGCAUUUUACUGGUUUAGUAGCUUUUUUUACAAUGUUGAAUGUAGAACAGUAAAAGAUUAGAACAGUUGUAGAUUAUAAUGAGAGGAAUAGUUUGGAUCUCCUCAAGGAUGCUAGUUAAUCAAACAUCUCAUUUAUUAUGCCUUAUGGAUUGUGUGUACACCUCCGGUCAGCUGCUUCCAUACACUGGAGGUGGAUUGUGGAGGCGUGGUACAUGCUUUGGUUGUUAUUUCCAUAAUGCUUUGACGUAUCAUCAACAGUUUAUCCCUGGAUCGUGUACUUGUUACAACUUCUUUACCACCACCGGUCAAAAGCUGAGGCAGAAGCUGCUUAACCGCUUUGUUUCACAAUUGAAAAUAAUCUUACUUUGGGUUCAUUUUAUUAAUGACAUUUUAGCUUCAAGAUGCAAAUACAGAAUAUAUAUUGAACAUUGUUGAGUGCUUGAACCCUUGAACCCCACAAAGAGUUAUCAGAUUAAAAAGGUGCUUUAAGAUUACAAACAUUUUCCAGCAAGCGUCCGUAACAUCUCAAAUUCCAAUGAUAAUGUCACACCUGAAGUUGUGUCAAUUUUGUUUUACUUAUUUUUGUUUGUUGUAAUAUGUAAUAUCAAUUAAUUCUUUUUUGGGUCAUAGCCAUUAUGUUUCUCAAGAAACGAUACAAACACAGGAUUGGAGUGCUGAUGACUAAUGGAAACCCUGUUGCACAUCAGCACUUUUGUUUUAACUUACAAAGCUCAAAGUCUUUAAUGUUAAAGUGUCUUGUCUGCUUUUUUGUCUCCUCUUUGGUAAAUCUGUCAGGACAAAUGUGGUUGUAGAUUUCUAUUGUCAUUUUAUGUAAGGGUUAACUUUUCAUGUGUCCGUGUACCAUAGUUUGAUAUUUAUAAAUCCGAUUAACUUCAUUUUGAUUUUAUUCUACACUGUGGAGCAAAUAUGUAAAAAUUAAAUGAUUGUAGGUUUUGUUGAUGAUAGAGAAUAAAACACGUUUUAUUACCACUA